UGGUAGGUUUGUCAGUCAGGGGUUAGAGUCUAAGUGGUGAGGUUUGGAACCGCUAAUCCGGUUGUGUACUUAUCACCAUGGUUGACACCCGGAGUGGGAAGAGCACUAGCCCCUAUACCCAGGAACAGCAAGAGAAGAUGGCCGCCUUAGCGAGAGAGAACAGGGAGAGGAAAGAGCUCCUGAAGCAGGCGAAGCUGAAAGCAAUCGCAGAGGAGCAGGCGGCGAAGAUAAAUAAGUUAGAAGAGGAGAUGGAGGAGAAGAAAAAGGUUGCCGAAGAAGAAGCAGCAGCAGAAGCAGAGGAGGAGAGAAGACGCAGGGAAGAGAAAGGGGAGAGUAGUGGCACGAAGAAGGAAGAUGCAGAGAUGGAGAAAAAGAUCAGCGAGUGGACCGCUAAUUUAUCGUUGGGGGAAGAUGAGGAGGCAGAGUUUUAUGUGCCCCAGGAUGAGAGGGAUGCCUUAGCCAGUGCGCUAGCAGCAAUGGAGGACCCCCUAGAACGGCAAGAAGCAGAGGAGGAGAUGAAGUUGGAAUGGAAACUGAGGAUGAAGAGAGAAAAGAAGAGGAGGAGGGAGGAAGUUAACAGGUUGACCGCAGAAGUGGCAAAAGUGAGGGAUUGUCGACAGGAAGUGCAGCCGCAGACAGACAUGUCUGCCAAAAUGGAUAAGAUGCUGGGCUACUUGGAAGUGUUGAGUGCGGCUUGGAUGGAGGAGCGCCAAGCCAGCUGGGGUCACGAUGUGGCCCUGAAGGCCAUGCGGUCAGGAUUUCGAGAUUUUGCGCGCGAUAUGGUCACCCACGUUGGGGGCGAAGUUAGACGGUUGAGAGACAACGUGGGAAAGUUUUGUGAGGGCGUUAUUGAGAGUGUCAAAGCGGUAGCCACUGUUGAGAGCGAGGCCAGACCUCGUAAAGCGCCCGUCAAGCUUAAGUUCCCAGACGCAUAUGGCAGGAAGAAGGAGGAUAAUUUCGAUAACUGGGAGGCGAGUGUCAAUAGCUAUAUAUACUUACAGCACAUCUUGACUGAGGAGCAAGGCCUCGUCGGCUUCCAGGCCCUCAAGGACGAAGCGGCUAGCUUUGCCAGAUCCCUUGUGCGCGCAGCCAGUUGUGAAAACAACCUGGUUGCAUAUUCUAAGAUCACCCCCCUUCCUCAAUUCUUCAAACUCCUGAGGGAGAGAUUUGUUGAUCCAUCGAGAGGCGUUAGAGCCUCUGACAAGUUACAAACUAUCCACUCACGACAGUGGAGGAGUGCAAGAGCACUCAAGGGGGUCAUGGACGACUUGGUAGCCGUCCCAGACCAUGGGGUCACUGAGCCCCAGUUGGUCCAGUUAUUUUAUCGUGCCAUGCCCGAGCCCUUGCGUGGGCAUUUCUUUGACAAGUCUCAACAGGCCGACAUCACAUAUGAUGUGUUAAGUAGAAAGGAGGUCCUGUUUGAGUCAAAGUUCAUGCCAGUUUCCACUUUCUGGCACAAGGACUUGGAUAAGGGCAAAAAGUGGAAAGGCAGUACCAUCUCUGGCCAAAUCAGGGCUAAGGAUCAUAUGAUCCUUACUUUAGAGGAGGGUGGUACAGACGAGGUCCCAUAUAGUCAGAUCGAGUGGGGCCUCGAAGAUGAGGACAGUAGCGUGGGGCAGGGGAGGUCCUAUGCUGUUGUCGCGGCUGGAGGGAGGCCGCAAGGUAGAGGAGGAGGCCAGGGCCAAAGGGGUCAGGCCACAGGAGGCCGAGGACCGGGCGCACAGGGGGUUGGCGGACAAGGGAACCGCCAAGUGGGAGGUAGGGAUCAAGGUCCCCUGCCAAAUCGUCAGGGUUCUUGUCGGUCCCCGCAGCGACAAGGUGGAAGGCCACCUCAAGGAGGAUGGCACCCAGGCUUGCCGCAGGGCAGGCCUUGGGAGGAUUUGGGCUUGGACCAGCGCGUAUGGCAAGAACGUGUGGACUUGGGCGUGGCAGAAGAGUUGAAGGAGAGGAUGCCUGCCUGGGCCAAAAUGAAGAAGGAGAGUAAGGGACAGCUAAUCUUAGUUGAUGUAGAAGUGUUUAGGAGUAGAGUAGGGGCCCUUAUAGAUUCAGGGGCUACCCGUAGUUACAUUAGCCGUAGAGCGCUGAAAAAGCUAAGGCUAGGAUUAAAAGUCCAAAAGUUGGCAGACCCCAUAGUCAGUGUCCUCGCAGAUAACCGCACAAUGCGAGUUGAGAACUAUGUAGAGGGAGUCCAGGCGUAUUUCCGUCUAGAGAAAGAUGGGAAGGUGGAGAAAGUUCUCCAUUCCCUGACUCUCCUCGUACAGGAUGACCUUCCUUUUGAUAUAGUUUUGGGAAUGGAUUGGGGAGAGGCAGCAGGGGCCACACUCCACUUGAGAGAGCAUGAGUGUAGGCUCCCUAGUCCGUCAGGCGAGAUUAAGAUUGCCCACCUGUUUCAUGUGUCAGGUGUAGAUAACACUCUGGCACAUUGUUGUCUCAGUGAUCCCGCGUUCGCGCGAUUGGUGAAAAAGGAGCAGUUAGAGGAUCAGGUCUUCGUAGUGUAUGUGAGGCCUGUCACUGAGGCUAAGGAAGAGGUGAGUUCCACAGAUCCAACCAUUGCCAAGCUGCUGGAAGAAUUCAAAGAUUUGACUGAGUCGCCGACGGGAGUAGUGUCGCGACCAAUCCAGCACAGGAUAGAGAUAGAGCCUGGCAGUAGAACUCCUAAGGGAGCAGUCUACAGGAUGUCCCCUAGAGAGUUGAAGGAGUUGCGCAAGCAGUUAGACGAACUCCUUGAGAAAGGUUGGAAUAGGCCCAGUUCAUCUCCUUUUGGAGCACCAGUUUUGUUCGUCCCCAAGAAGGAAGGAGAGUUACGUAUGUGCAUAUAGACUAUAGGGGUUUGAAUGCGAUCACCGUGAAGAAUGUUGAGCCGCUGCCCAGGAUAAACGAUCUCCUAGAUC